AUGAUUACACCACGAUUUGAGGUGUCACAAAACGAUGAAUUCGUAGUCAUUAAAGUGCGAAUCUCCAACAUCCGGUUCUCUGCAAAGGCUGUGGAGAUGGUCGCCGAUGACGACAAGUUUAUAUUCUCGCUCCCUCCAUACUAUCUUCGCCUCCGUUUUUCUGGUAGCAUAGUUGACGAUGAGCGUGCUAAAGCAGAAUUUGUCCCAAAUGAAGAAAGUAUCCUGAUCCGAAUGCCAAAACUGACCAAGGGAGAGGUGUUUUCGGACCUUGAUCUGCCUGCUAAACUUCUUGGACGAAUUGAGAACGCUGAAAAGAAACCUCCUUUGAUAGAGGAAGUAGGCGAGACAAAUAAUCUGGAGUCGCUGGCCCAGGAGGCACAGGAUUUUGACUGGGAGGUUGAGCAGGUCGAGCAGCCGCCGGCCCCUCUUGUCCCGCAAUUUUUUUAUGGUUUUAAUAACCAAUACUCGAAUAUGAUGGAAGUGUCUCUUUCCAACGGCAAUGACAUCAACGAGCUUUCGAGUCCUGACAAAAUGGACCCUGAUGAACGCAUUAAUGAACGGCUGAUUAAAGAGAACCUAAAGUUUGAUCCAGAGUACUAUGCGAAUGAGUACCUGACCCAAAAGUAUUUUCCACAAGACUCCAACAUCAAGCAGAUUCUCUGCUGGGAAAACCCAAUCCGCAUACAGCACAAAAAUCACAGUGAGACGGAGCUGACUACAGAAGAACAUGAACGGAUGAUGGGUCUUCCCCGAAAGUCGUAUUUGGUGGAUAAUGUGCGGCCUCUUUACUACACCAUUGUCUGUUUGUUGUAUGGGUAUUUGUACGAACUCAGGCAAAAUGAAGGCGAGCUGACGGUGGAAAGUGGGUGGACCGUGGGGAAGCUUGUACCGCAGCUAAGCAGCUUGGACUCGCAAUUGAUCCAGUCGAAUAACAAGACAGAAACAAACAUGCUUCGUGUGAUUGCUCUCACAAUGGCCAGACGCAGUCUGUGCUACCCGUUAAUUCGCAAUUAUGAGAUGGUGACGACUGUUUGGGAAGAUGUUUACUGUACACUAAGAUGCGGCACCAAAGCGGUGCUGAAAACGCUGCUUGCGUGUCGGGAACUGUUCAGAUUUCACGAUAUCUAUUACAUAUACUGCAAAAUCUGGCUAGACGACCUGUGUUCCUGGACCCUGAACAAUGCCAGCGACACGGUGCUGAGAAACCUGGGCCACGAGCUGCGCAAAACGGUCGCCGAGAUAAAGAAGCAGGAGAUUGUCUUUGAGAAAAUUCUGGCCGAGGACUCAGAGGAGCUUGAAUUUGUGAAUCUCACCGAUAUCGAGGAGCUGGCCGAGAUCUCGUACCGCGAGUCGAACGCGGCUUCUAGUUAA